CUCCAGAUCCAGCUCCCGACUCCGAGUGCCCGGCUGGCGUCUCCUCCUCUGCCCAGACGAUGACCUCUGAACCUUCCCUCCGCGCCGUGCUGCAGCACCUCCUCGUGGUGCUCCUGAAGCUGACCGUCUCCUCCGGCGCCCCCCUGAGACCGACCAACGGAACGGCGUGCCAGGCGCGAGGCCCCGCCUCCUACAUCCUGGUCUUCACCGGACACUGGAGCCCGCUGAUGUUCCCCAAGCAGUACCCCUUAUUCAGGCCCCCGGCGCAGUGGUCCAAACUCAUAGCCAUCACCCAUAAUGAACAGUACCAGCUGUGGCAGGAGGGGGCGCCGGCGAGCCCCGGUGUGCAGAUGUUUGCCGAGCUGGGCGUCACGGUCGAGCUGGUGAAGAAGGCGAAGGAGGCGAGAAAGAAGAGACUCAUCGGAUCCAUGUACCGCACGGCCGGGAUCCCGACCGGAGUCGGACACAGUUCCACCGAGCUCCUCCUGCAGCCCAGGAACCCACUGCUCUCCCUGAUGGUGAAGGUGAUCCCGAGUCCUGAUUGGUUCGUCGGGUUGGACGGUCUCGACCUGUGCGAGGGUGGGCAGUGGAAGGAGGAGCUGACCUACGACCUGCACCCGUUCGACGCCGGCACCGACAGCGGCUUCACUUUCUCCUCGCCCAACUUUCCCACCUCGCCCCCCGAGAACAUCACCAUGAUCACGUCCCAGAAGCCCAACCACCCGGCGAACUCCUUCUACUACCCGCGGUUAUCGGAGCUGCCGCCGCUGGCCACCGUCUGGCUGAAGAAGCAACCGCGCUCAACCUCCCGGCAGCAGAACCACGUGUCCAACCACAUCCUGCCCCGACUCAGCAAAGCCCUGCAGUUCUCAGAAACGCCGCUGGACUGCGAGGUCUCCAUGUGGUCGUCCUGGGGCCUCUGCGUGGGCCCCUGCUCCAGCGAAGGGGUCCGCCAUCGUACCCGCUACAUCCUCCUGAAGCCCGCCAACAGCGGCACGCCCUGCCCCGAGCUGGAGGAGCAGACCCAGUGCACGCCACACAACUGCCUGGUGCAGCAGUGAUGCCCGUUCCGGUCCUGGCACUGACGCUCCGACGCUCCACACCCAGAGCCGGCUCGAGGUGCCAGGCGUCGCCGUGUCACGCCCUCCGAGCGCUGGCGCCUAACGUGUUGAGCUCUGGAUCCCGAGAGACUGAUCAUAAAAUAUCCACGUCACAUAUUU